ACUUUUCCGCUUAAUUUCUUUGUUUACUUUUGGCUACAAUUUCAUAAUCUAAAACGUUUCUAAUUUAUAUUCCCAUUUGCAGUGAGCGUAACGCAAGAACGCAAUACCUCUUCUCCCUCCGUCCCUUCCCCUUCUCUCUCUUCUACUUCACUCCCUCUCUCUCUUUCUCUAAAACACCCCACCUUUUGUCUUCCACGAUGAAGCUGUUAUAAACAGAACUAAUCAUUCCUUUUUCUGCCUCACAAAAAGAGAGGAAAAUAAGUUUGUUGAUGAUGAUGUCGUGAAUCGUGAAUGAUUAUUGUGUUUUAUUAAUUUGGGGGAGAGAUGGGAUCGUGUGUUUCGGUGCACAAGGACUCGGAUUCUUUAACGAAGCUCCGUUUCUCAAUCGGGUCGAAAAAUGAGAUCCCUUCGCCGGUCAAAGAGAAGCCAAUCGCGGUCAACGCCGCGGCUGCGGUCACCUCGCUACGGUCACCCGCCCGUUAUUCUAGCAUAGGUAGCAAAGAUGAAGCCUUCUUCGACUCCCAACCAUGGUUGGAAUCGGACUGUGAAGAUGACUUCUUAAGUGUUAAUGGUGAUUUCUCGUCAUCACGGGGAAAUACUCCGGUCCAUCCCAACUCCUCAUUGGUAAAUAAGUUGUCAUCGGAGGAGGCCAGAGAUUCCAUAGUGGAAUCGCCUCCUUCGGAUAAGAAGAAACGACUCUCAGAACUCUUCAAAGAGGAACAAUACGAUGAGGCUCCAACAACCACUACCCUUGCCCAACAACUCAAGUCUACUAGUGGGACUCCGGACUUCUCGGGAGGGGGGAGUAGCGAACAGGCUACCCCGGUUGGGGAAGAGAACAAGUCAUCGAGGUCUACGCAAUGUUGCCUUCCCAUAUUGCUCUCAAGUGGAAGCAUGAACGAGAGAAGGCGGUCCAGCCAUGUUCCUAAUGGUGGCUGAUGCUCAUGAUCCUAUUUUAAAUUAUCUUUGUUUGAUAAAGUAUGAAAUGUAUAUCUGAAACUUGUGUUUCAUGCAAAAGUGAGUAGUGACAAUCUUGUCCGAUAUAUACAAAGUCCCGGUUGGCUGAACUUUGUUGGAUCUAUGUUACGUUAUAAAUGAAGUACUAGAUGGAAUAUCAAAUAAUAAUUGAUUUGGUUUUUUCUAUU